AAGUCGAAACUAUAGAAAUAGAAUCGCGUAAUCUCGCGGAAACAAUUAGUCACAUUUGCUAAUCUUCAAGCAGCGUUCAAAACCAAUUUUAGAUGAAAUCUAACUACAAUUAAGUAAAUUUGCUAAUAAUCAGCUUGAAAAAAUUGCAUAGUCUUGCAUCAAUGAGAAAUACGACAAUGGUUAGCAAUUCUCGGGGUAAAACAAGAAUGUGGGCGUACCUUCCAUUCUAUGCUUAAACACCUGAGUGAGAACGUGAAUUUGCUUUUCAGAUUAGGUAUUCUGUCUGUCUUAUUUGCUGUCUGGCAUCCUUAUCUUGCACAUUGUCUUUCUACGAUAAAGCACCUUGGUGAUGAAAACACUUAUCAUAGCGGUAUGCUACCAGUUGAUCAUUUCACGUGACUGCGUCUAAAAAUUUCCACCGCAAUUAAAAAAAAUCUCUGGUUUGCUUCUAUUGGACAAUCAUUAACAAGGACCGUAUAGCAACAAUGUCGUCAAAUGGAGCCAAAGUGCUUGCUAUUGUGUUUGCGGGUGCUGUAAGUUGGUAUACCGGAGUUAAAUUCUGGAAACCUAUUGUUGUUGAAUCAUUAGAAAAGAGAGGAAUGUUACGUGAUGACAUAGACAUAGGGUACGUUGAUCGAGAUCAACCUGAAAGCUGGAAAGAUGUGGUUGACAAGUAUAAAGAGUUUGUCCAUCCAAAUGCCCAAGACCCUAAUGAGCCAAAGAAAGAGUAGAAAUCUGUACAUAGUUUUUCAAUACAGGGAUAUUGUGAUAUUUA